AUGAGUAAGAGCAAGGAUGAUGCUCCUCAUGAACUGGAGAGCCAGUUUAUUUUACGUCUGCCUCCGGAAUAUGCUGCUACUGUGAGACGGGCAGUACAAUCUGGCCAUGUCAACCUGAAAGACAGACUGACAAUUGAAUUACACCCUGAUGGCCGCCAUGGAAUUGUCAGAGUGGAUCGGGUUCCAUUGGCCUCAAAAUUAGUAGAUUUGCCUUGUGUUAUGGAAAGCUUGAAAACCAUCGAUAAAAAAACCUUUUACAAAACGGCUGAUAUCUGUCAGAUGCUUGUAUCCACAGUUGAUGGUGAUCUCUAUCCUCCUGUGGAAGAACCUGCUGCUGUGGCAGAUCCCAAGGCAAGCAAGAAAAAGGAUAAGGACAAAGAGAAAAAGUUUGUUUGGAACCAUGGAAUUACUCUGCCUCUGAAAAAUGUCCGAAAGAGAAGGUUCCGGAAGACUGCAAAGAAGAAGUAUAUUGAAUCUCCAGAUGUGGAGAAGGAAGUGAAACGUCUGCUGAGUACUGAUGCAGAAGCUGUUAGUACUCGUUGGGAAAUAAUUGCUGAAGAUGAAACCAAAGAGGCAGAAAAUCAGGGCCUUGAUAUAUCUUCUCCAGGAAUGUCUGGCCACAGGCAGGGCCAUGAAUCACUGGAACAUGAUGAACUUCGAGAGAUAUUCAAUGACCUCAGCAGCAGCAGUGAAGAUGAGGAUGAGACCCAGCACCAGGAUGAAGAGGAUAUAAACAUCAUUGACACCGAGGAAGAUCUGGAGAGACAGCUGCAAGACAAGCUAAAUGAAUCCGAUGAACAGCACCAAGAAAAUGAAGGAACCAAUCAACUUGUUAUGGGAAUUCAGAAACAAAUUGAUAAUGUGAAAGGCAAGCUUCAAGAGACCCAGGAUCGGGCAAAACGACAGGAAGAUCUCAUCAUGAAAGUGGAGAACCUGGCUCUGAAGAACAGAUUUCAGGCUGUGCUGGAUGAACUCAAGCAAAAAGAAGACCGAGAAAAAGAGCAGCUCAGCUCCCUGCAAGAAGAGCUGGAAUCACUCCUAGAGAAGUAA